AGCAGCAGCAGCAGCAGCAGCAGCAGCAGCAGCGAACAUGCCAACCCUGAAAACCUUCUUAGACUAUCAGAAGAAAAAGUCAGAGGAAAGGCAGAACUUCAGCUUACAGAAGAAAGGCAUGAAGAAAAAAGAACCGAGGAAAGUGAACAACACUUCCUCUCCAGUCAGACUCAUCUGUCUGGCUGUGACUGGUCUGGUCCGACAUUCUCUUCUGCCAAAACCAAGUUGCGGGCGUUUUCCUCCUCCUGGGGGAAAAUAUAACUGCUACCUGCUUGCUGUCCUCCAGAGCCUGCGUGAUGGCUGCCACCACCAAGUUUAUCAGCACAAACUGGGCCAUAACCACGAAGCUGGAGAAGUAGAUAGGAGCGACCCAGUGCAGGUAGCUGGGGCAGCCAUGUCUACCCGGAGGACACUCCCUCAAUGUGUCCUUAAAAGACAAAGAGCAAGUACACAGGAGCAACUGCUUAAUCAUCUUUUAGACAGACUUCGCUCUCGAUUGGAGCAUAUUCUGGGACGCAUGCCUCUGGACCUAGACUUCUUAGAGUUCACUUGUACACAAGAACUUGUGUUUUUGAAUGCUGUGUCUAGUCAAGCAACUGUUUGUCCUGCUAUCUUAGAUGAAGUGACACAGCUUCACCGUCUCAUUGGUUUAGAAAAGGAGAGAAGGGAGCAACACACUGCAGUUGUGCAGUUUGAGGAAGGACCAGCUGGAAGACAGCGGAUGACCAUAUCCCCAGACCACCUUAGCAAACUCCUGGAACUUAAUUUGACUGUUCCAUGCAUUGCUAAACUCUUAGGGAUGUCGAGGCGAACGGUAUACCGCCGCAUGGCUGAGUUUGAUCUCUCUGUAAGAGCACUGUAUAGCACUAUGACUGAUGACGAGUUAGAUCAAUGUGUGAGAGAGAUCCAAACUAGGCAGCCCAACUCUGGGUACCGAAUGAUGAAGGCCCUCCUGCAAGCCAGGGGAUUUAGGGUGCAGUAUAAACGUGUCCGAGCCUCAAUGCACCGUGUUGACACCACUGGUGUCAUCAACAGAAUGUGCAACGUUGGAUGUAUUGCUCGACGGACCUACUCAGUUCCAGGACCCCAGUCUUUGAUGCACCUAGAUACCAAUCAUAAAUUGAUCCGGUACAACAUUGUUGUCUUCGGAGGCAUUGAUGGUUUUUCCCGUAAGAUAAUGUAUCUUGGUGCAGCCAACAACAACCUUGCAUCGACCACCCUGGCAUUCUUCCAAGAAUCUGUUGAGAAAUUUGGUUUUCCUCUCAGGGUACGUGCAGAUCAGGGAGUUGAAAACGUGGAGGUUGCUCGCCUUAUGUUCACAGUCCGUGGCACUGGAAGGAGCAGCUUUAUAUCUGGGAAGAGUGUUCAUAACCAACGAAUUGAGCGGCUGUGGAGAGAUCUGUGGAUGGCUGUAACCUGCAUCUACUAUGAUGUUCUCCACUACCUUGAAGAAGAGGGCUUCCUCAGCAUCGCCAAUGAAAUGCACCUCUUCUGCUGCCACUUUGUGUUCCUCCCACGCCUGCAGGAUGACCUGGAUACUUUCCACAGUGGCUGGGACAACCAUUCGCUGAGAACAGAGAGCCACAUGACUCCUAACCAGCUGUGGGAGCUCGGCCUCACACAUAAUCCAGUUCCAGGACCAGACAACACAGAGGGCAUGGAUAUUCCUGACAUUGACUGGGAAAACAGUGGACUUCCUUGUGAUGACCACUCGAGUGUUGUUGUUCCACACACUGCAUGCCCACUGACUGAUGAACAACUGGCAUCUUUGAGGGAUGUAAUUGACCCAAGAGCUGCAUCCCAGUCCUUUGGCUGUGAUAUGUACAUUGCUGCUGUUCAAUUUUGUGAGCAAUUUCAAGAUCUCUGAAUAAACUGACCAGGAAGACUU